UUCCGGGUGGGAAUGUCCACAAUUCAGCAAUUUGUUCCUGAAACCUGUGCAGCAAUCUACCAAGUCUUAAAAGAGAAAUACCUAAAGUGCCCAGACACAGUGGAAGAGUGGCAGCAAGUAGCCGUUGGAUUCCAGAAACAGUGGCAUUUCCCAAAUUGCCUGGGUGCUCUGGAUGGAAAGCACAUUAACAUUCGUCCCCCUCCAGGAUCUGGAUCUAAAUUCUUCAACUACAAGCAUACAUUCUCAAUAGUGCUUAUGGCACUGGUAGACAGCAACUACAGAUUUCUGUAUGUUGAUGUGGGCUGCAACGGGCGCAUUUCAGAUGGUGGAGUGUUUGGGGGAUGCUCAUUGCAGGAUGCCUUGGAGAAAAGAACAUCCAACAUUCCUGCACCUGCACCACUUCCUGAAUCAGACCAGCUGGCCCCUUACUGCAUUGUGGCUGAUGAGGCAUUCCCCUUAAAGGAAUACCUCAUGAAGCCAUACCCGAACCGCAAGCUGUCUGUAGAGCAACGCAUAUUCAAUUACAGACUUUCGCGAGCUCGAAGGGUGGUUGAAAAUGCAUUUGGCAUCCUGGCAAAUCGUUUUCGCAUCCUACUAACCACCAUUAAUAUUCGAAGCACUGCCAAAGUGGAGGACAUUGUUUUGUCUUGCUGUGCUCUGCACAACUUUCUGCGCACAGAGUGCUGUGAAGUGUACAUGGCAGGAAUCGACCAGGAAGAACAAGAUCAUGACACUGGCCCUGGAAGAUGGAGAGAAGACCCUGGCCUACAGCAGGCCUCUCUGCCACGCACAACCAACAGUACAACACACGCCAAACAGCUCAGGGAUAAACUGUGCCAGUACUUUAAUUCGGACACCGGUGCAGUGCCCUUUCAGUGGGGCAAAAUAUAAGCAUGUAGCAAACUUGUUUCUUUCCCCCCUUGACCUUGGUUUAUGUUUUAUAACAAUGGUGUGAAUUUGCAAAAUAAAGUUUAUAUUUUUA